AUGACCUCAAAAAUUCUCUCAGAAUCCCCGCCCUUUGAUUCCUCGAAUCGACCGGUCGAUGAGUGGGAUCGACUUGUAAUGAUGAGUCCCACCGUAGCCCAGCACCAACGCAAGCCUGUCACAAUGUUGGACAAGCCAGCCAAAAUCGAAAUAAAAAAGCCCGAGGGUACGUUGAAGACGCCGGACGGACGGCAGAUCACGUUGAAGAACAACCAACAAAUGAACUGUCUUCGACUGGUCGAAACGUCGGAUUGUUUGAGAACGCCGACCAUGACGCGAACACCUACUAUAUCAUCGCCAUUAAAGACGGCGGCUUCGUUGGUGCACGCCGACGAUCUGAACACGCCUAGUCUGUGUUUGAGCAGUGCCACGCCCAAGAAUGCGGUUCAGGCCUUUUUGGGGACCACGAGCCUCUUUUGACUGGUAAGGGUGAUGCUUAGCUAUGGGAGUAGAUACAGUAGGAUUCUUAAAAAAUUUUUAACAAAAUUUUUAAAAAUUUGAAUUAUAGGGGCUAAAAAAGGUCUUGACGCCGAAUAAAUAAAUAAAUAAAAAAGUCUUGUCGCCAAUUUACAGAGCUUUUCAUGACAAAAAACGACAAAACUUUUUUGACCUUUUAAAUUGUUAUUGCCUUGGGCAUUGAUUGACAAAAUAGCUUUUAAUAAGAUUUCUGUAACAAAACCUAUUUUAAAUUUUACAAUUUUUGCACAACUAACUAUUAAAAAGACGAAACGAAAAGUUUUGUCGCCAAUUUGUAGUUUUAUGAAGGGUAAAAAAUGACAAAACUUUUUUUUCAAGUUUUCUACAAGUAAGGUAAAACAUUUAUGGCUUAAUGUACUACUUAUGGCUUAAAAAUAGUCAAAAAAGCCAUAAAACCUUAAGAAAAAAGCUUCAAAAGAUAACUAGUUACGUAGGUUGUUAUCACUAAAACAUUAAAAAUUUAUUUUUUUUAGUUUUUAAAUCAAAGACAUUAAAAUUUCAAGGUGUGCCAACCAAAUUUUAGCUUAGCUUUUCAAGUUUUAGUUUUAAAAAUGUAAAAUAAGAUGCAAAAAGCCAAAAUAUUGUUUAAAAAUAGGCAAAAUACGUCCAUACUAAAAUUUAGUCAUAAAAAAGAUCAAAACAUUGUUGAACAAAUCAAAUUCAAUAUUUUUAAUAAUUUUUUUUUAAUUUUUCCAAAUUUUAGCGAAUAUCGAAAUUUCCACAGUGGUGUCGCAGUCAACGACAACUGCUCAAAGUACGUUUGAUAGAUGUAGUAUAGUUUUGAUGUUGUGGUAGUUGUAUUUGGCUUUUAAACUGGCUUAAUUGUGAAUAGUAUUAGAAAUAGUGCGGUUAUAGGAAUUUCGGUACUAUAUAGUACGUGGUAGUACUGGUCAAGUACUAGUAGUACUGUAAAACUAUUAAUAGUACUAGAAAUAGUAUGGUUAUAAAAGCAUUAGUGUUAAAAGAGCUAUGAUAGUAUUGGUCAUAGUACUCAUAGUGCUGUAAAAAUAGAAAUUGUAUGGCACACUCUAAAAAUUGAAAAAGUUUUUAAAAAUUUUAAUUUUUUGUAAAAUACGUCCGGGAAUUACACUUUUUUUAAUAUGGUAAUUUUCAGCAACGACAGCUCAAUCCACUGCUGACGGCAAUCUUUCCAAUGCAGAUCCAGCCAACAUUCAGUCGAAGGAUCACAAAACGAACGCUACAUUCACUAUCAAAGGCAGCUUUAGCACAUCUCCUGGUAUGCUUCUUUCUAUUUUAUGGGAAGGGGGGGCGGGGAGUAAUUUUAUAAAAUAAUUUGGGAAGAGGGGGGGUGGGGGGGGUGGGGUGAAUGACAAAAACUUUGUUUACAAAGCUAAAAAUGACAAAAACUUUGUUUACAAGGCAUUUGAAUCCGUAUUUUACUUGAAAAGUCAUGUUUAUUCAUAACUUUUAUAAAAUUUUGAUAUUUUAGGUCUCAGCACGACAUUAUUCCAAUUUUCUCCGAUUGUCGAGCAUUUCCUUCAACAAUCCUUUAAAAGCCCAAAUUUGUUCAAUGUCGAUGGAAAAAGUCAAGAAAAUGAAAUGGACAAAGUAAGUUUUAAUUUUUUUUUAAUUUUAAAAAUUUUAAAAUUCGAAAUUUUAAAAUUUUAAAUUCCAGGACAAAAAACCGGACACCUCCGAUUACAUGGUACCCAAAUGCUCAUCCGGCAAAUGCUCUACCUCAUCCGAACCCACUUUCAGCUCACAACACCUAAAUUACACUCAAAUCAAGGAAGAACCGUCACAUAGUCAAGGACCUCCUGUUGGGUAUCAAGUAAGCUUUUUCGUUUUGAAUUUUUAUUGGUUUUUAGGCCUAGAACUAUUAUCUUUCUUAUUUGAUAAAGUAAAGGGCAUAAGUUCUAAGAAAAACCUUGAUUUCAAACGUUAAAACCAUUCAUUGACCACCUACUACAAUAUCGAGAAGCCAAAGCUUGUAUCUCAAAAACUAGCGCUUGAUUUCUUUUGAUUUAGGUAUCAAAUUGAUCCAUUUAUUAUGCCCAAUGUUUUAAAAUAAGAAUCAGCCACUCUUUUUGACAUUCCUUGAAGAUAUACCUUAUUUUAAACCAUCAAAACACUAUUUUUACUGUGAAAAUCUAAAAAUUGAUGUUAUUCAACGGAAAAAGAGAAAUUUGUUGUAAAAUUUGUUGCAAAUUAAAGCAGAGGUAUUAUGUUUUGCAAACAUUUUUUAUGUAAGAAAUGGUCAAUAACUAUAAGUAAAAUAGCGUUAAACUUGAUAAGGUCGACUUUUCUUGUUCGUUUCCCCGUUUUUUCGCUCGCAAAUCCAAACAGGUUCGAAUCGGCUUGGAUGCGGAGGCCGUUUUUUAUUGAAAACAAUUGUAAAUCAUUAGGAAAAGCUGUGAAAAAGUUUUUUUUUGGCUAUUUUUAUUUAUUUUUUUUAUUUUCAGAUCCACCAAAGCUUUAGCUGUUCAGUAGUACCCUACUCUGAAACUCAACUAUCUCGUUCCUCAUUCGAAGCCCAAUCCUUUACCAAUGUCACACCAUCCGGCAGUAAUGCACCAUCAGCAUCAUCUUCUCGACCAGGCAGUACUAUCAACAGUGGUACAAGCACUUUCAACACCAGCUCCAUGAAUAUCAGCACAACAAACAGCGGAUCUCUGAACAGCACCAUGAGUGGUACCAUGAACAGUUCCAUCAUGUCUGGUGCUUUCCAGCCCAAAAUAGAGCCAAUGGACGAGUUUUACCCAAUGUCACAGUACCCUGGUACCAGUAUGUUCAGCGAGGAGUACUAUGAUACGAAUCCGAUGCCAAUUCCAGACUCUCAUUCGAGUGGUACCAGUCCUGUACCAACCGCGAGAAGGAGGAUGGGGAAUCGGCCGUCGAAGACACCGCUUCAGGAUCGACCGCACAAGUGUCCAAUGAAGGAUUGUGACAGACGAUUCAGUAGGAGUGACGAAUUGACACGACAUAUUAGGAUUCAUACUGGCCAGAAGCCCUUUCAGGUAAGGUUUGGUACUAGUAGUACCAUAUUUUGCAUUAUUUAUGCCAAAUUUUAUUAUUUUACCAACAUUUUAAAAGCUUUUGAUUUUUGCAUUGUGCAGCAUUUUAUUCUUUGCACCGUGCAAAAGAUGAAGCUUGCACUGUGCAGAAUGAAAAAAGUUUGCACCGUGCAGAAUAAAAAACCUUGCACUGUGCAGUAGUUUUAUUGUUUGCACAGUGCAAAAAAUGAAUUGAAAACUGAAAAAAAAAUAAAAAUUUUAAAAAAAAUUAUUAUUAUACCUAAACACUCCAACAUUUCAGUGCCGAAUCUGUUCCCGCUCCUUCUCUCGCUCCGACCAUCUCACAACUCACGUUCGUACUCACACUGGCGAGAAGCCCUUUACCUGUGACGUCUGUGGUCGAAAGUUCGCUCGAUCUGACGAAAGAAAACGGCAUGCCAAAGUACAUUCGAAACAGAAGAACGGCCGAAGACAAUCGAUCUCCUCUGUCGGCAGUGGCUCUAGCUUGUCCAACCUACCAGGUAUGAGGGGUACCAGUAUCUUUGAAGAGGCUCUCAGCGCUUUAUAAGGCUUUGUACUAAAUUGUCUUGAUGUUUUUAAUAAGAUUAUGGAUUUACAGUCAUUUUUGAGGUAUACACAACUUAUGUUUUGGCAAUUUUUAUGAGUUUUUUAAUGAAAAUUGGCAAAAAACCUUGAUAUAUUAGGUUGUUCAAAAACUCUGCGCUACGUCUCAAAGCAAAUUUGCGGGGUUAGUGGCUCAGAAGUUUUUGAACAAUUCUAUAGCUAAUAAUUUUUGACUUUUUUUAAAUUUAUGGUUGAAAAUGACAUCUCUGAUGCUGUAACAACACAUUUGGCACUUUAGUUUACCUUAAUUUCUUUAAAUUUUAAAUUUUUUGAACAAAAAGUUUGGCGCAAAAGUUUUCGGAAUUUUUGAAAAUUAUUUUAAAUUUAAUGUUUAUGGCUGUUGGCAACUAUUUUUUCUUGUUUUUACAUUUUUAAGUUCGUUUUUAGCCUUUUUAUGAACCAUUUUAAUUUUUUUGCACCGUGCAGAUUUCUUAAUUUUUUGUGCACCGUGCAGAUUUUUUUAAAAGUGUUGCAUCGUGCAAGGUUUUAAAAAAUAUUGCGCAAUAACAACUUUAAAUCAAUCUUCAGGCUAGCCUAAUAACAUAAAAAUUCAAAGUUAGAAAAGUUGUUGUCAUUUUAGCAAUUUAAAAAUUUUUAAAAAAAUACUGCACUGUGCAAACUUUCAUAAAACUUUUGUGCCAACUAAAUAAGCCUAAAACUAACUUUUACAUGUUUUAACAAUGUUAUUGUACUUUCAUGCUAACAAUUAUUCGUUUUUUUUUCAAGGUUUCGACCAGUAA